AUGUAUGCCUCUAGGUCUUCUUUACGAAGCUCGAUUGAUAAUCUUGACUGGAUCGACCUUGCAGAUGCCAUGGAAAGUACCUUUGGGUCUCCAGUACCUUCGCCGAAUACAGAAGCUCCGCCACAAGAAAAGUACAAAGAAAGAAGCGAAAGACAGAGCUCAUUUUCAUCCACAUCUGGACACGAAAUACAGCCCCCAACAACCAAUUCUAAUUCCACUUCAAAGUCCAUUCUGGCCUGGAUCCAUUUUUUCGUAACGGGCGGGAUUUUCACUUUGAUGAUUGUCAGCUUUGCUGAUAUUUACCACAUGUUUCGAUUCAAAGAAAAGCUUUUCAUACGUUAUAUGACGUCCGGGCGACUUGAGUUUUUUUCUUGCGGCAUUGUUUUACUUGGCUUGUAUAUAGCAAUUCUUUGGGGUCUAUUGGUUUCUUACGUCGAAAUACUGGAAGCAGAAGAGCUAAGUCGAAAUCGACUUCUCUAUAAAACACACAGAUAUUUCUUGCAAACUUAUUGUGGACUACGACCGUAUAUGACUUUGGCUCGAUAA